UUGCCAAGGAUGCAGAAGGAAAUGAAGAUGAUCAAAGAUGAGGAUGUGCAUUUCAAUUUGGGUGUGAAGAGAGCCCCCUCCUUUCCCCACUGCCUGCAGCCAGUGGUUUCCCGAGGGAAAGCUCCCCAAAGACACCCCUUCCCAGAAGCUCUCCGGGGGCCUUUUUCCCAAUUUCGGUAUGAACCUCCUCCGGGACACCUAGAUGGAUUCCCGGGGGUCUUUGAAGGAGGAGGGUCUCGGAAACGGAAGAGCAUGCCCACCAAGAUGCCCUACAACCACCCUGCAGAAGAAGCCCCUCUCGUCCUCCACGAGGAGAGCAAAAGCCACGGCCCUCCGAACCUCUCUCUGCUCUUCCCACAGCCCCCGCGCCCCAAGUAUGACUCGCAAAUGAUCGACCUGUGCAAUGUGGGCUUCCAGUUCUACCGCACCCUGGAACACCUAGGGGGCAGGCCCGUCAAGCAGGAGCCCGUGAAGCCCAGCGCCGUAUGGCCCCAGCCGACCUCCGCUCCGUUCCUGCCCGCGCCCUACCCCUACUACCCCAAGGUGCCCCCUGGCCUCAUGUUCCCCUUCUUCAUGCCCUCGGCCUCCCCCUUCCCCUUCAGCCGGCACACCUUCCUGCCCAAGCAGCCCCCGGAAGCGCUGCUGCCGCGCAAAGCCGAGCCUCAGGAGAGCGAGGAGACCAAGCAGAAGGUGGAGAGGGUGGACGUGAACGUGCGCAUCGACGACAGUUACUACGUGGACGUGGGCGGGGCGCAGAAGCGCUGGCAGUGCCCCACCUGCGAGAAGUCCUACACCUCCAAGUACAACCUGGUCACCCACAUCCUGGGCCACAGCGGGAUCAAGCCGCACGCGUGCACCCGCUGCGGGAAGCUCUUCAAGCAGCUCAGCCACCUGCACACCCACAUGCUGACCCACCAGGGCACGCGGCCCCACAAGUGCCAGGUGUGCCACAAGGCCUUCACGCAGACCAGCCACCUGAAGCGCCACAUGAUGCAGCACAGCGAAGUGAAGCCGCACAACUGCCGCGUGUGCGGCCGCGGCUUCGCCUACCCCAGCGAGCUCAAGGCCCACGAGGCCAAGCACGCCAGCGGGCGCGAGAACAUCUGUGUGGAGUGCGGCCUCGACUUCCCCACUUUGGCCCAGCUGAAGAGGCACCUCACCACGCACCGGGGGCCCAUCCAGUACAGCUGCUCCGAGUGCGACAAGACCUUCCAGUACCCGAGCCAGCUGCAGAACCACAUGAUGAAGCACAAGGACAUCCGGCCCUACAUCUGCUCCGAGUGCGGCAUGGAGUUCGUGCAGCCCCACCAUCUCAAGCAGCACUCCCUCACGCACAAGGGCGUGAAGGAGCACAAAUGUGGGAUUUGUGGGCGGGAGUUCACUCUGUUGGCCAACAUGAAGAGACACGUGCUGAUCCAUACCAACAUUCGCGCCUACCAGUGUCACCUCUGCUACAAGAGUUUUGUGCAGAAACAGACCCUCAAGGCGCACAUGAUCGUCCACUCUGACGUGAAGCCUUUCAAAUGCAAGCUGUGUGGGAAGGAAUUCAACCGGAUGCACAACCUAAUGGGUCACAUGCACCUGCACUCUGACAGCAAACCCUUCAAGUGUCUCUACUGUCCGAGCAAAUUCACCCUAAAGGGGAACCUGACACGCCACAUGAAAGUCAAGCACGGGGUCAUGGAGCGGGGCCUCCAUUCUCAAGGUUUUGGAAGGGGGAGAAUUGCCCUGGCCCCGACGGCAGGAGUGCUCAGGAGUCUGGAACAAGAGGAGCCCUUUGACCUUUCCCAGAAGCGUGGGGCAAAGGGGCCAGUGUUCCAGUCGGAUGGGGAGAGCGCCCGGGGCAGCCCCUGCCACGAGGAAGAGGAGGAGGACACCAGCUAUGAGGUGGAGCGAGACAGCCCGGGCCUGGCCCCACAGAGCAGGCAGCCCUGCACACCCCACGAUCUACCCACCCAGCCCGAACCAGCUCCCAGGGCACUCGAGGACCCCUGUGAGGAGGAAGAGGAGGACGACGACGAGGACAAGCCCAAAGGAGAGCACCAGGAGAGGAGCAAGGACAGCCGUGGGGCAGAGGGCAGCCCAGAGAGAGAAUUCGCCCUCAGAGAAGAGUGUCUCCACCUCAGGGCUCUGCAGAGUGCCCGGAGGGGCCCCUCCUUUUCUGAUUACUUGUACUUCAAGCACAGAGAUGAGAGUUUAAAAGAAUUACUGGAGAGGAAAAUGGAAAAACAAGCAGUGCUUUUAGGUAUCUAAGUGGACAGUUUUCAAAUUGCAUUUGGAAAAUGAGAACUAGGCAGUUCAAAUAUAGCUUUCUGCAUGAGUUGUCAUUUGCUGGAGACUGGCAAAUGGUGCAAAUCUUUAUAAAUGGCUCAGACUACAUGAGCAGGGAUUUGUCCUCAGUAAUGUAAACGCUUCUCAGGUCUUUCCUUGGCCCCUUGAUUUCUAACACACAUGCAGGGUCCUCUUCAGUGCUAUUUUAUGCAUCUCCACUAUAAUAGACUGUACAUAUUCUAGAGACCUAAUUGUAAGCUGAUGCCGAGGUGCUUUUAGAAAUUCUAUUUUCCUUUGACUAAUAUGCAAUACAUGGGAAAUUUUUUUUAGUUGCAAAAAUAUGGUGCUUGACACGUUACCUUAUCAAUGAUGAUUUAGUUGAAUGUGUGCAAGUUACCAUAUUUUUCCAGAUAGAUGAAAACAUUCCUAGUUGUAUAUAUGAAAAUCACCUUUAUUAAAUAAGCCAACAUACCAGAAAUGACAAGAAGAGUGAGGUAUUGAAGAGGAUAUUCUCAAGUGGUUGCUGCAGAUAUAAGAAAAUAUGAAUAAUUUCAACUAAUGAAAAACCAGCAGUUCUGAGCUUCCUGCCUGGGUCUGCCUUGUUCUGCUCCAGCUGCCUUCAUCAGAUGUGGCAUUUGGAGCGUAUUGUCAGAUGGCCCCAAAGUGGUCAGCGUCUGCAGGCUCACCCCUUGUGUCCUGAGCAGAGCUCCUUCCUGGAGACCUUGUUCUGAGGCCCCGUGCCCCAUAAAGUAGCUGCAGGAAGAGCUGUCGCCUUGAGCAGUGGCUUUCUCCUCAGCGCCGGAGCUGGGGGCGUGGUCGGGAAGUCUUGCAAUCUGAGUGCUGCUUCUUUAGAAUAUUAGAAUCACCAUCAGCUAAUUACUGCUAAGGGAGAUUCUGGACUGUGUUCUCAAUGCUGCCUGCGCAGUAGAAUCAUCUAGGGGAACUUUAAAAAAAAAUACCAAUGCUGAGGCCUCAAGCUCUGAGAUUCUGAUUUAAUUUGGUCUAGAGUGGAGCCCCAACUUUGGUGUCUUUUAAAAGGUUCCCCCUGAUGAUUCUUCUGUGCAGGAGGAUCGAGAAAGACUGACUGGGCUAAUAGGGUGGCUCUCUUGGACUCCAUGAAUAUGUGUUUCUGGCUUCAGACUCAUUAAAAUAUGGAGCAGGAGACCUUGAAAUCAUACUGCUGACCUAGGGCUUCUUACCUGUUCCAUAAGACCCUCACAAGGACACAAACACACGCAUGCAUGUGCAUGUGUGCACACACACACACACUCACACACUCACACACACUGUAUAAACACACACUCUUUGUAUUAGAAGAUGAUGCCUGUGAUGUUUAUGGUCACCUAAUAUGUUUAAAAAUAUAUAGCCAGCCUACAGUGACUCAUUAUUUCUUCCUAGAUGCUUGAAUCAUGAUUCUAGUGAGUGGCCAUGACUGUCAUGGGUGGGUUGAACCCAGCCAGUAGGCUUUCCUUAGGCACCAGUGCCAAGUAAAGCAGUGCUCACGGGAUGUUGCAGAUCUGUGACUGACCAUAAGCAGUAACCCUCUGGUACUGUGUCUGUGUUUAUGUAAAAACUGCCUCUUGGUUGGUAGUUUCAACUCUUAUUUGUAGAGCGAGGUACUGUUUAUUGUGUUGCUUUCUCUCCCCCUCAAGUUCCAGUACAUUUCUUGAGAAGACCUGGCCCGUGUCUGACUGCUGGAUGUCAGCUUUUUCUCUUGGCCAAGGUGCUUCCCCCUGACACUCACUGACUUCUAAUCAUCCCCCCAUGGGCUUUGUCAAUCCCUGACGCAUUUCUCCUGCCCCCCUCGCCUAAAGCUCUUUCCUUCAGCCUCACCACCACUGCAAAUGCCAAAGCUGUUUGGGUUUCCUACCGCCACCUGUGUCCUGAGGUCAGGCUCCUGCAAAGGGGAUGCUGUAGGAAAUAGUUUGGGUUUCUGUGGGUACAAGCCCAACUCUGUGCCGGGAAAGUGUCCCAAGUCCUUGGAGGGGUGACUUGCCUUCCAGUCAUUAUUGAUAUAGUUCAUUAGUGCCUCUGAUCAAAUCAUGCAGGAGGCUGGCUGCAUGGUCUGUGAGGCCUCCAGCUGUCAGGGUCCCAUUACAAGUUCAUUCUUUCAGUAGCCUAUAGUAGUUGAAGACAUACUUCCAGUGUGUUCUGGGCAUGCCUCGCCAGAACCAGGAAAUCUAGAAUAGCAAGCUCUAGUCUUUUCCAACCAAAUGAAUCACAUGGGAAUGUUUGAGGAUCAAGUUCAUGUAGAGAUGGAGAGAGUAUGGUCUAGAAUGAUGGUUUCCAAAUUGUGGAUCAAGGAGCCAGAGGUCCCUCUUAGGUCCCUCCAAAGCUGCUAGAGGAGAAGGAGAAACUCUCAGCCCUCACACCCUCUUCACUCAAAGUGGCUCACAUUUCAUCUGUUUUUCAUGUUAGCCUUUCAAGUAAAAUUUCAUUUUGAGGGGAAAAAAUGCCUAAGAAAAGUAAUUUAAAAAGUGUUAGGAAGUGUAUUAUAAAGCCUGCUUUUAGUUCUUGACUCUGGGUAUGAGAGACUUAAUUAGAUCUAGCCUGAUGAUAAAUAUAAAAUAUACACUGACCUUGUGAGAAUUAAGGCUAAAAUCUUGGUUUUGUAUGUUGCUGAGUGACCACCAUCCUGACUUGCCUGGACCAACCCUGGUUUAUACCUCUGCCCCAAGAUAAUUGCUAAGAGUAUUACCUCAACUCUCAGAAGUAUCCCAGUUUGGGUGAGAAAUUACAUGGAUACCUCAUGUGUAAGUGCAGAGCUAAGGGAAGGUUGGCCAACCUUGCCUACUGGGCUAAUUAAUGAGAAUGCAAACCUGAAGGACAGCACGUGGGGGUCACCCUGAGAGAACUGAGGGGCAAAACCGUCCAAGGUUAUCAGCACUCUAAGGGCUAGGGCAGCAUAACAUUCACCCUCUUGUAACACUCUGAAAAUAGGUCGCUACCGAAAGCUUUCCAGACUUUUGACCGCUGUCACUCUGAAACAGCCAACUGACCAGCCAAGUGGCGUAUUUCUCUUUUAUCCUUUUUAUUCAGGCCUAUGAUCACCUCCCUCUUUUUGCCUUCUAAUUCCUCUCUCAUUCUUUCUUUUUUAAAAAAUUUGACUCCCCAUUGGCCAUAGACUGAGGCUGACCUUUCAUAACCCCACAAGGGUAACUGGUAUAUUUGUAUAUGAGUAGCGGCAUGAGAAAGUCCAAUGUGCAUACUGUAUUUAUUAAGCCCUAAAGACAUUUAAUAAAAUAUUAACAUCGCAUUUUGAAUCAUGAUCUUUGUCUGCUUUGCUGGAACAAAAUGUAACAGAGCUAACAUUUAAAAUCCUUCGCAUAUUUGGACAACAUUACACCAAAUGUUGAUUUUGUACAGAAUUCUGGCUUGCUAUUUAAAUAUGAAAACUCCAAGUAUGUAGUAACCCAAGUUGUGAAUAUCGCUUUCUGCUUCAGUGGAAAAGCAGUUUACCUGAAAAUAGCAUGUAACCUAUAUUUUGUUAAUUUAAGCAAAUAAAGACAUGUUGAAAAGGC